GCUCCUCCAUGGUCACUCUGAGCUCCAUGGUCACUCUGAGCUCCUCCAUGGUCAUUCUGAGCUCCAUGGUCACUCUGAGCUCCUCCAUGGUCACUCUGAGCUCCAUGGUCAUUCUGAGCUCCAUGGUCACUCAGAGCUCCAUGGUCAUUCUGAGCUCCUCCAUGGUCACUCUGAGCUCCUCCAUGGUCAUUCUGAGCUCCUCCAUGGUCACUCUGAGCUCCUCCAUGGUCAUUCUGAGCUCCUCCAUGGUCACUCUGAGCUCCUCCAUGGUCACUCUGAGCUCCUCCAUGGUCACUCUGAGCUCCUCCAUGGUCACUCUGAGCUGAAGCUGGAGCUCUGCAGGAUUCGUGUUCCAUGAUGUUUUAUUAUAAUGUCAGACUGAUGCAGGCUCCAUCUUCAUCGUGGUCCUGGUUCAGAUAUGUGACAGUAUGAGUUCCACCCUGCCGCCUCUCCUCUAUCUUAACACAUUGUUACAUAUGUACAUUGUUCUUGUAAUGGUAAUGCACCUUCUGUAUAUACAAUGAUCAUAAUGAGAGCAGAUUUAAUGUGAAAUAAAGUCUUAAUCUGUCAUUCAG